AUGACACCAUCCUACCCACGUCCCGACUUCCAACGCAAAGCCCUAAACUGGGCCUCCCUCGACGGGCCCUGGGACUUCAUCUUCGACGACACCAACAGCGGCCUCCCCUCCCAAUGGCACCGCACCGGUCUCCCCUCCCAUUCUGCCUCCCAACCCAAACGCACUAUCACAGUCCCCUACGCCUUCCAAACCCCCGCCUCCGGCAUCGCCCUCCUAGAAGCCCACGAGAUCCUCUGGUACGAGCGCCGCAUCACAGACAUCCGCACCGCCGCGGAGAAAGCCGCCUCCCACCGCCUCCUCCUGCGCUUCGGCGCCGUCGACUACGAAUGCACUGUCUGGCUGGACGGCGCCCUGGUCGGCGCCCACACCGGCGGCCACGUCCCGUUCGACCUAGACCUGACAGACGAAUGGCCAGCGGCGCCGACAGCGCGGCUGGUCCUGCGCGUGCGCGACUCACCCGCGGAUCUGGCUCAGCCGCGCGGCAAGCAGUACUGGAAGCCCGUGCCGGAAAGCAUAUUCUACACGCCAAGCGGCGGGAUCUGGCAGAGCGUUUGGGUGGAGAGCGUGCCGGCGAUGCGGGUUGCGUGUGGGAGCGGGGGCACGGUGCUGCGAGCGGAUGAUGUCGCGGGUGGGAUGCUGCGUGCGAGAAUUGCGGUCCUUGGGCGGACGCCCGGGGCGGAGGGUUGCGUGGAGGUUGAGGCGCGGCUGGCGGGGCGGACGGUUGGGCGGGGGCGGGCGACGCUGCCGGCGGAGCGGGACUGGGUAGCGGUGGAGGUGGGGAUGCGGGUUGGAGGGGAAGCGGAGAGGGAGCUGGCGGGGCGAGCCGGGCAGGUGUUUGGGGUCGAGGGAGCGUGGCAGAAUGGAGUUGCAAUGUGGGCGCCGGAGCACCCUAUUCUGUAUGAGGUUGUGCUGCGGGUGGUCGACGGCGAGGGGCGGGUGGUUGACGAGGUCGAAACGAGCGCUGGAAUGCGCAGUCUGUCGUGGCAGAACGGGGAUGGCACAUUCCGGCUUAAUGGGCGGCCGUACUUCCAGAUGCUGUUCCUUGACCAGGGGUAUUGGCCAGAGACGGGGCUGACGCCGCCGUCGGAGGACGCGCUGAAGGCGGAUAUCGUGAUGGCCCAGGCGAUGGGGUUCAAUGGGUGCCGCAAGCACCAGAAGGUCGAGGAUCCGCGGUUUCACUACUGGGCGGACCGGUUGGGAUAUCUAGUGUGGGGGGAGAUGGCGAAUGCGUACGAGUUCGGCAGCGAUUAUAUCGAGCGCAUGAAUGCCGAGUGGACGGAAGCUGUCAAGCGUGAUAUCAACCACCCAUGCGUCAUUACCUGGACGCCGAACAACGAGAGUUGGGCCUAUAAGUCGCUAAAGGAUAACAUCGACCAGCGGAAUCAUAUUCGCUCGUUAUACUACUUGACGAAAACAUUGGACCCCAGUCGCCCUAUCAAUGACAAUUGCGGCUGGGAACACGUCUUGACCGAUCUAACCACCUACCACGACUAUGCCGACUCUAUUGAACUGGCCGCCACCUGCGCCAAAAUGGAAGGUGGGAUCCUGGGUCCUAAGGGUGGCCGUGAAAUGUUCACGAAGCCGAUCUACUCCGGCUUCUCAGGACACACUCUCCUCGACCCUGGGGCACAGCACCAAGCCGGUGCCCCUGUCAUCUGCACCGAGUUCGGCGGGGUCAAUAUCGCGCCGCCGAAGGACGCGAAGGGGGGCGAGCGGGAUUGGGGGUACACCACGGCCACCGAUGUGGACGACUUCCUGCGGCGCUUUGAGAAACUGGUGAUGGCAAUCGUCAAGGGAGGCCACACCUGCGGCCUCGUCUAUACCCAGCUCUGCGAUAUCGAGCAGGAGGUCAACGGGCUAUACUCGUAUGACCGCAAGGAGAAGGUCCCUGCGACCAAGGUGAAAGCCAUCAUGGAUGCUGCUCAGGAUUACUACUACGAGCAUGUGCAAGCACACGGACCGAAGGGUCUCCGAAAGUUGCUGCAUUCUUUGCACCGAUCUUGA